AUGUCAACUGAGGUUACCUCUGAUAGUGCUGUCGCGGCAGCCCCUCUCGUAGAUACUGUGGAGGAAGCGGAGACCCAACGAAUCAUGGACUUCUUCGAAGCUCUCGAACUGGAAUGCACCAGUGGAAAGUUCACAGACGCCGUGUCCAAGUUCAUAUUCGACCAUGCUGAUACCUUCGACGACCGCGAGUUGGACAAAGAUAUUCCGUUGGAUUGGUACAACAUUUUUCAAGAAUAUCAGACCCUCAUUGAGAACGAGAUAAGAUGUGUAUUGAAAGCCCAUGAAAUCUCAGAUGAGGAGUUCGCUACCUACAUAGAGGUUAUCACUGAGAAAGGUGCGGCAGGCAACUUUUCGUCAUUCCCUGCCAUGAAAUGGGUCGACAUCGAUGUGAAAUUGCCAAAACUCGUUAGUGCGAACGGUGUUUAUACGACGGGACUAUUCGCUAUCGAUUACAUCACAGCUGCUCUCGAUUUCGAGGACUUUUGUGUGAUGAUGUUCCAGCAUAAGGUGAUGGUAGCAUUUGAGGUUCCCGAUGAUAGUGAGGAGCUUCCUUCCGGAGGAGUGAGGAAGUGA